AGGACACGAGGUCGAUAUUUCUGGUUUUCUUUCGAUGAAAGCAUUUACGGGAUAGUGCCGUUUAAGAUAUUUAUAUCAAGUAUAGACGCACAAAACGGUGAGCCAUGUUUUGAAAGUAUUCAUAUACAAGAGACCCAGGCAUCCGGCAAUUAUUUUAAAAGUGAACUUUCAGCGGUUGAUGACUUGUUGAGGUCCCGGAUUACUUUUUUGUUUAAGGACUUAACAGACCUGACACCUUGGAUUUUGGUGGACCUAACUUCUUUAACAACAAUAGAAGCACUUCAUAUUUACUUACACACAGAUACGUGGACAACUUGCAGUUUAUAUUUUGGCAUAGAUAAGUUUCAUCUACAGAAAUACAAGGAAUUUCGGAUUUUUCCUGAAAGUGUAUUAGUAAAAGAGCAGACAAUAACUUUUCCUAGACCAAUCAAAGCAAGAUACGUAAAAUUAAAUGAAUCACUUGCAAAUCCAACACUUAAACGACGACGCUUAGAUUUUAUGGUUUACGGUUGUAAAUUGACAGGUAUCACUGACUUCACCAGCAACAGUUUAUCUGAAAUGCUACCUCUAGAUCAAGAAUUGCGAUCCGGAAACUCAUCUUUCAUUAGUAAUACAAGUGUUGAGGAAUGUAAACAUCUUUGUAAAUCUAAAAAAGGUUGUAGUGUUGCCAGCAUCAAUGAAGAGAAAAUUUGUUAUCACUAUAUUGGUAGUGAACUUGGGAUAUGGAAAAAUACUAAGAUUACAAACGGCAGUCAAUGGUUUUCCAAGUUACAAAACAAUGUAUCUAUGGUAUCCUUUCCGCCGAGGGCUUACCAGAAAGAAUCGUUUUUUAGAAACGUACAGUACAUAGAUGGCGUCUCUAUAAUAACAUCACUCAGUUACCCUCUAACGGCAAUUUUAGACAAUGAUAUUCUAUGGAUAGUAAAUUUUGCACAAGGACGGUUUGCCAAAUUUGUUUUCACAAAUGUUUCACUAUCUGAGUGUGAACUUAUUGUAAAAACAUCGGAAGAUGGUAACAAAGGAUUUAGCAUUGACACGCGGUACAACGAUAAUGUAUUUGUAUUAGAAACAGAUAAAAACCUGUUGUUCUUAUCAGCAAUGCCACAUACAACAACAUUGACACCAAGGAUGAAAUUCCGAGCAAUUGUAACUGCUGAAGACACUCCAGCCUGCUUUUCACUAGAUUUAAAUGGAUUCUCUAAUAUAAGACAAGAACUGUGCAAUAAACCAAGUAUGUUUCUUACAUCCCUUUCUUAUUUAUAUCAUCCGUUAAAGUCGGAAGAGUUCGCAAUUCAAGCCGGAAAACAUCAAACCAUUGACAUCACCUUCAUCGAUCUCUGCAUUGCGUGUUUUAGAUAUGAAGGGUCCGGUAAGUUCCUUCUUAUAUACAAAUCUAUGUUGUUAUUAUCAUUGUUUUUAUUUUGUAUAAAUGAAUAAAGAUGGGGUUUUGUGUAAAGUAAAUGUAUAUUGUUAACACAGUAAAUGUUUAUGUCCAAUUUGUCCUUAUUAUUAACUUAAUACAACACUAAUUAAAUGUUUGAAUAUUUAUAUAUUUUCUGUCUAAGCUUUGCAAAAGAUGACAAUAUAGCAAAAUUAUUUACUGGUAUCUACAGUCCUUUGCGUCCUAUUUCAUAAGACUAUUUGAAUACUACUCCAAUAGUUAUCUCUAUCCCGAAGUCAAAUGGUAGCCUAAUGUGUAUCUUCUUUGGUCCAUUUUAUAAAUAGUAUAAUCUGUAGUAAAUCCUAUAAAUAUCAGUCAAACUUUUUUUGCGUUUGUUAUCAAUAAAUGGCAAAACAGUUCUUUAGGUUGUUUCAGUGAUAACCAAUUAACGUUUUUUCUCCUUCCUACCUGAUACAAUUUUACUCCGUACAGUAUACACAUGUUAGUCACAUGAACUUGCAGGUUUGUAACGAUCAGAUUGAUUCUGAUAAACUUUUUCAAUCUUUGCGCUUUUUUUCAAUAUUUUCUGCGUAAGGUUAGAAGAACAAAUGGAUAUUUACGGAGAUUCACUGCCUUUCUUUUAUAAUAAUAAAACUUCCGAUUAGGGUUAUUUCGUGAUAAGUCAAUUGCAACUUCACUUCUUUGUGUUUUAGCCAAAUAUUGGGCUUCAUUUCCAACAAAAGUUUAUUGUUACACAUUAAUGAAACGAGUUUUACGAUUAACGAUGGAAUUUAUGCAAGCCAGUCGCCUUUUUGGUGGCUUUUAUCUGUAUCGAUUGUUUUACUUUCUAUUUAACAUUCAUUUUACAACCAUUCUCUUCUAUCAGAGUUAAGAUAAAAACAAGAAUGCAUUUGUGAAAAAUGCUAUGCCAUCGCAUUAAUACAACACUAAAUAGUAAUGUAGGAACAUAUUUUUUUUGUUUCGAUACAAUUGAAGAUUGCCAUAAUGCAUAGAAUACUGACCUAUCUAAUUCUUCUUAUCAGAUUAGUGGUUAAAUCUAUUAUUAUUCAAAUAAAAGAUCAGAGUAGAAAUCUAUCAAUGCAAAUUGAGUCUAAUGCAUUUGGUGGUGAGGGUCAUAUUUCACUUGGCCAAAAUUUAAAACUGUACAUCAAAGGACAACACAGUAAGACAAUUUGUAAAAAUCUAGGCCAGUUGAUAUCAAAGUUGAUUUAACAUCUGAAUCAGUGCACAUGAUUCAAAUUUCAUAGCUGCACAUCAAAGGACGAGAAAGUAGGCCACAUCAUCAAAAUCUAGGUCACUUGAUAUCAAAGUUUAAUUUUAAAAGUUAAACUGUGAACAUAGUCCAAAUUUCAUGGCUGUACAUCAAAUGACAAGAAAGAAGGUUACUGUCCCCUUGGGCAAGGCAAACUUUUAACCCAAGGGUUUAAUACAACAAUCUUGAUACAGGUCCACCGAAUUACAUUUUAUGUCAAAUAUCUUUACUGUAGGUUUUUCCAAUUCUGAAUACAUUUGUUUUAGUAUCUGUUUUUACUAUUCGAACAUAAUGAAUAUCAAUGCCCCUGGGCAGGGCCAAGUUUGACACCAAGGGCAAAAAUUGAACAAUUUUGGUAGAUGACCUAUAGCUGAUAUUAUAAAGCAAACAUCAAAGAUCUAAGCCUUCUUACUUGGAUUAAUUUGAACAAUCUUGGUAGAGGUUCACUACACAAUGUUUCAUGCAAAAUGUCUUAUCUCUAGCCUUUGUCAAUUUCGAGAAGAUGAUUUUUAAGUUUUUACUAUAUACAUAAAAGGAAAACCUAUGACCCCGGGUGAGGGGCUAAUUUUGAUGUUACAGGCAAAAUUUAAACAAUUUGGGUAGAGUAUCUAUAGAUAAUAUCAUAAACCAAAUAUCAAAACUCUAAGCCUUGUACGUUCAGACAAGAAGGUAUUUUAAGUUUUUACUAUAUGUACAUACUGUAUAGUGAAAUCAAUGACUCUCUGGGCGGACAAAUUUUGAUCAAAGGGCUAUAAUUUGAACAAUCUUGUUAGAGGUCUACCAGACAAUGCCUUAUGCAGAAUAUCUAUGCUCUAGGGUCUUUACAAGAAGAUUUUUUAAAAAUUUAUUCUUAAAAAUUCUUUUGGUUGCCAUGGCAACCAGAUUUCUGCACGGAAUAAAAUGCUUUGAAAAACUUUGGAAGCCCUUCACCCAUGAUCAAUCCUGCAAAGUUUGGUUCAAAUAGAACAAGUUGUUUUUCACAAGUAGAUUUUUUAAGUUCACGACUAUAUAAUCUAAAACACACACACACACACACACACGC